AUGAAGACCUUAGUGGUUCUCUGUGCUUUGGCGACGACUGCCAUAGCAGCUCCCUCAGUAACUGGAGAGGAAUUUAGAAGAAUUCAGCCAGGCAAAUGGCCAGAACUUAUCAAAAGGGAAAAGAAGUCAUCCCGGCAUUUCACAGAACCAGAAACAUUUAAGACCGCUGAUCAACCUCUUCAUCUUACAUCGAAAUUUGAUGAGACAGCAACAUCAGGAAGAAGCUUUGGUUUUAAAAAACCUAUCAUAGUUAAGACAACAGGAGGACAUCGAGGAUCACAUUAUGUAUAUAGAGAUUCUGAAGAAGAACGUGCACAUUCUGACCCACAAGAGAGUUGCUCUAAACAGGUUAACGUUAAGCUAUGUGACAGAAAUAAUAUAGAACAACACAAUGGCGGAAGAACCGUUGGGCAUGAAGCUGAUGUACAUGACGAUAAUAUGGAACAUAGUAUUAAAAUGGCAAAAGAAGCAAUAGAAAAUCUACAGAGAGAUUUAAAAAAUAUAGAACAAACGUCGGGUGCUAAGCUGUUAUCACAUAAACAACGAGAAAUUGAUUCAUCUAAUACUGAAUUUCAUGAUGAAAUUGAAGUAGCAAGGCAGGCACUUGACCACAUACAGCGAAGUUUUGGAAAUCUAGAGUCUAUGGACUUAAAAACUACAACAUUACAUGAUGUACAAGAUAUGCAAGAUAAUAAUGAUCACGCUAAACUAAUAGAAAAAAAAAUGGCUCAGUGGAAGGAGAAUACUCAAACAAAUAUGGAUACUGGAAAAAACAUGGAAGAUGUAUUAAUACCCACGGACAGAGAAAGCAAAACAUUACAAAUUGAUGCUCCACAGACAAAUAAAAAUGAGAAGCUAAAUCAAAAGUUCAAUACAGCAGAAGUAUUUACAAAGGAGAGUGCUUUAGAAAAUAACGAUAAUACACUGAAAGAAUUUGAUUCUGAUAAGAUAUCUAAAGAACAGCAUUCAAAUACUGAUAAACGUGACCCUAUGAAACCAGACCAUCUUAAAGAUGAAAUGAAGGCAUCGGAAACCGAGAUUAAAGAAUCGAAAAUUGAGCUACCAGAAACAAAGCAUAAAAAUACUCAAUCAUCGGUUAACGAAUCACCUGAUCUUUCACUAGAUGUUCAAAGCGACAUUCUAGUGAAAACUCCGUCUAAAAAAUUCGAAUUAGGUACCAAUAAAGAUUUGAUGAAAAAUAUGGAGAGCGCCGUUAUGAAAGCCGCUACACAUGAAGUUGAAAGUAAUAUGAAUAAAGGUACUAAAAAUGUUGAAAAUCAUCACAAAGGUGUAAGUAACUUAAAUAAAUUAAAAUCGUCUGAAACAGGUAAAUUUGAGUCAAUGACUACGAAUAAACAUAUAAAUAGUGAAAAUAAUUGGGUUGAUAUAGAAAAGCAUAUUAAAGAAGAAAAAAGUGCUUGGAACGAUAUGGCAGCCAGACACUCUGAAGAUUUUAAUUUAAAUCACAAGCAUAUGGAAAAUAAAGUGUUUGCACCAUCUAUUACGACAAAUCAGCAUGAAACUUUAGCAAGAAAUCCAACAGAAUUACAUAGCGAGCACAUUCAGAAAUCUGCAGUUAUUACAGGACUAGAUACAAACAAUCCAACAUUUUGGCCACAUAAACAUACCCAAAAUAAAGAAGAAAUUGGCCAGAUGAAAGUCGCAGGAGAGUUUCAUAACAAACAUUUGAUGAAUCCACAUAUGCACACAAGUCACCAUCACCACUUCUCACAUCCAUCGCAUGGUUACCCUAUGCAUGGAGGUGGUCAUCACAUUCAUUCACAUCCACUAAAAAGUCAUUUAGCUCCAAUAAAUGAAAUGAGAGACGCCAAUUCAGUUGACAUGGACAAUUUUAUGCAACCAACAUUACAAAUGAAUAUGGCUGAUUUUAUGGGAAAAUCGGCACUGGAAAAUAUGCAUCAAUGGACACAUAAGGAAGAUGGAGGAAGGUCUGCCUAUGGUCCCGUUUAUGGAAGCAGUGGUCUUAACCUAGCUGCCUCAGGAACGUCUGGUUCUGGUGCGAUAGGAGUAUUCCCUAACGCAAACGUGGGUGGUUGUGCAAUUCCUUUGCUGCUUAGCUGUUCGCCUUCUGUUGUGCCUGGCAGUUUAACUAAGUCUAGUUAUGGACACGAAACGAGCUAUGGUGGUAACAUACCUGCCUAUAGAGGUAACGAAGAACAUAACAUUCAUAUGAAGCGCGACAUUAAAAAAAGUAAUGACAAAUUAAGUACAAAACUGAAACGGGCUUCGAAGACAACGAAAUUGGUGCCCGACACAGUUUCCACUAAUAAAAAGCAGUGA